AUGGCAGGAAAAAGGAAGGGACUCCAGGCAUUGAUCAAAAGGGCCACGCCAGAUACACAGUGGAUGCACUGCAUUCUACACAGGGAAGCGCUGGCCUCCAGACACCUCAGCCCCGAAUUAAACGAGGUGUUGACAGCAGUUGUGGAUGUGGUCAGUUUUAUCAAAACAAGACCCCUGAAAGCGCGACUCUUCUCCGCUAUUUGUGAGGAGAUGGGAGCAGACCAUACCACUGUGCUGUUUCACAGCGAAGCGAGGUGGCUCCCCCGAGGCAAAGUCUUGUCGCGCGGCUUUGAGCUCCGAACGGAGAUCCGGGUGUUUUUAGAAGAAGAGCGCAUGUAUGAGGCAGUGGCCAAAUUUGGCGAUGAACUGUUUCUGAUGAAACUGGCUUACCUCAGCGAUGUAUUUGCAAAGCUGAAUGAAUUAAAUUUUCAGCUUCAGGGAAAAGACAAGUACCUACCUCACCUGGCUGACAAGAUCACUGCUUUCAUCCGAAAGCUGGAGCUGCACUCCAUUGAGGAUCUGCAGACAGUGCAAAUCAUUAAGGUCCUACGCUAUGAGAAGAAGUUGACUACCAUGUUCCUGCUAAUGGGUUUCUGUUAUCUUCUGUGCUGGACACCCUAUGCUGUGGUAUCCAUGCUGGCAGCUUUUGGCAAGCAAAAUGCCAUCUCACCCACAGUUGCCAUCAUCCCCUCAUUUUUUGCCAAGUCAAGCACAGCUUACAACUCAAUUAUAUAUGGCUUCAUGAGCAGGAAGUUUCGGCAUUGCAUGUUGCAACUGCUGUGCUCCCGCCUGGCCCACCUGCAUCAUGAUGACAGCCUGGCCCACCAGCAAUGCAGCAUUAAGGACCACCCCCUGACCUUCUCCAGCCAACCAGUACACCCCACUAUGAUGUCACAAAGCUGUGACAACAGGCCAAAGAAAAGGGUAACCUUCAACUCCUCUUCGAUUGUUUUUAUCAUUGCCAGCAAUGACACGGACCCUCUGGACAUCAACGACAAAUGUAGAGAGUCAUCAGAGAUCAGUGUGAUUCAAGUCCAACCCCUCUGA